AAGAAAUAAAGAACGUGAACCUCAUUCCCCCCUCGCUUCCCUCUCGCCAUACUCUCCCCUUCCUCGAUGCCCUACCCUUAGAUUUCUAGGGUUCCGCCAUGCUGGAUCACGACAACCUCCUCCCUCCCGCCGCGCCCUCUACAGCGCUCAUCCAGCCUGGCGACCCGUCCUCCUCCUCUUCCUCGUCUUCCUCCCGCCCGGAAACCCUAGAUGGGGAUGCUGACCUCGACCGUAAGUGGAGCCGCCGGCCCCGGUUCCCCGUCUCGACGCGCGGCACCUGCGCGGUCCUCAAGAGGGAGCGUAAGGCCGGGAAGAAGGUCGCCGACGUGAAGGCCUCGUUGGAGGAUCACGUGAGGGCUUGGAAGGAGAAGAGGAUGGCCGCCGGGGUUUCCGAGAGGGAGUGCUUCUUGCCUUUCCUCACCAAUGCUCCAAGAAUGGUUGAUUGCCGCAUAUGCAAUAGGUGUAUCUACCCUGGUGAAGAAGUGCAGUGCUCUGUUCUUGGUUGUCAAGAAGCUUAUCAUUUGACAUGUGCCAAGCAGUUGAUUGGGUCCUUCACAGCAAAAAUUUUCAAGUGCCCUCAGCAUGGUUGUUUUGUUUGCAAACAAAAAGCAUAUUGGCGAUGUGUGAGAUGUGAAGUGGCAGCACAUGCAAAGUGUGCACCAUGGCCAGCGGAUGUUAUCUAUUUGAAAAAUCGGCCUGGGCGAGCAGUUUGUUGGAGGCAUUCUUCAGAUUGGCAUCUUGAGAAGGAGCAUGCAGAUACCACAUGGGAUGUUGAGGAAGCUUUUCUCCGCUUGCCUCUUCCAUAUGCUGAUGAAGAGUUUAAGAUGGGCUGCAUCUUGAAAGAUGUUAUGGAGAACAAAACGGAGCCAUCUCCAUACGUACAUAUCCGACGGAAUGUUUACUUAAUCAAGAAGAAGCGAGAUGGUACUGAGACUGGUGGUGGCUGCACAAACUGCAAUGCUAACUCCACAUGUAAGGAGAAUUGUGAAUGCAGGGGUCUUUCCAUCAGCUGUUCCAAGGAUUGUCAUUGUUCUGAUAUGUGUAGAAACAGACCCUUCCGCAAAGAGAAGAAGAUUAAAGUUGUUAAGACUGAAUAUUGUGGAUGGGGAGUCGUGGCAUUAGAGGUUAUGGAGAAGGGAGACUUUGUGAUAGAAUAUAUUGGAGAAGUCAUUGACGAUGCCUUGUGCGAGCAAAGACUGUGGGACAUGAAACAUCGAGGCGAUCAGAAAUUCUACAUGUGUGAAAUUCAUAAAGACUUCAUAAUUGAUGCUACUUUUAAAGGAAACACUUCUCGAUUUCUUAACCACAGUUGUGAUCCAAACUGCAAACUUGAAAAAUGGCAAGUUGAUGGAGAGACACGUGUUGGUGUUUUUGCUUCUCGUUCAAUAGACAUUGGGGAGCCUCUUACAUAUGACUACAGAUUUGUACACUUUGGACCCAUGGUUAAAUGUUAUUGCGGAGCUUCCAAUUGCCAAGAAUACUUGGGAAGCAAGAAGAAGAUAAACCAGAUGUUAUCCUGCUGGGGAUGCAAAAGAAAGAGAUCUUUUAUGGCACACCAUGCCAAGCAAAUUUCAUUCUUUCAAAGUCACAUGCAUUACUUUUGCAAGAAAACAAGGCUUAAUAUACAUACUCAGCGCCUCACAACCUUCUGUGAGUUCUGAUGAAGUUUGUGGUGAUGAGAGAAACUACAAAAGAGCAGACGGACGAUCCAGCCAAGAACAGCGCUGCUGACGCCAACAAAACAACCUUCCAUUGCUGUGCUGAUGCCAGGAUCGCCGACGCAACAGCAGCCAAGGAGAGCAGCACAAGUGUUUGUUUCCACGCUUGGAAGGUCUUGACGACACUUCUACACCCCUUGCAGUGAACCACAUGACGGUAGUAUCGGUUCGCCGGAUUGGGCGCGUGCUGCGUGCCGACCCCUCCUUUGGCUGGGAAUGAAGCGGAGAUGCCGGCGACCAACCCCACGGGAGCUUGUUCCACCACCGCUGGCUGCUUCGGCGACGACAGGCUGCUGUGUCCGAAGUAGUAGGGCAUGCCAUGCCCCACCUUGUCCAUCCACUUCCGGUACUCCGCAACCCAGGUAUCGGAGGACCUCAGGUUCAGGUAGAGCUCCUUGGUGGGCACCCUUUCCUUUACGAGCACCUCGUUUUGCGACGAUAGGAACCCCAUGUCCUGCUCGAACACCUUGCAUGCAUUCUGGUGGAAGUACCACUCCGGCACCAGAUUGAACACCGGAGACCUCGAGCUGGCGCCGAACCUCACGAUGAGCAUAGACUUCCCCUGUCCCGUCGGCCUGCAGAGGAACAGCGCGGAGAAAUAUUGCUUGACCCCCGCCUUGUCGACGAACUCCAGGUCGUUGGAGAGGACGCACGGCGCCUGGAAUCUGAGGAAGUUCAUCAACGCCGGGUUCUUGGAGCGGCCCCAGUGCCCGGCGAAGCCGCGGCUGCUCCUCUCGGUGACGGUGAACACCAGCGGCUGCGCGUCCUCUCUCUUGGCGGUCCAGUCGGUGCGGUCGUGGGAGAUGGGGACGUGCGCAGGGUCCAUGAGGUUCUCCAGGAGUAUGGAGUGGUCGUAGGGGAGCUCGUGGAUGGUGGAGGUGUCCUGGAAGCCCGGCUUGGCGUAGUG